CCUACAAAAGCUUUGGUCGCAUCUCUCGUCUCCUUUUCUCUUAAUCACAUUUCUUCUUCAUCUCUCUUCUUCGAUGAAGAGCGAAGUCAUUAAUCGGAAUUAGGAAAUCCUUAGAUCGCAUCGGAGGAUUUCUGUAAUUUGAGAUCUGAUUAAGGGAAAGCGGUUAACGAUAGAUCGGUCGGAGUUUUGUGGGGCUCUAUUUGCUUAUGUUUUAUUUAGAGAUCUGGUUUUGAAGUGAUUGCCUUCUGGCUUGGUAUCUUUCCUGCGAAAAAUGUCGAUGCUACCACCUAAAGGUGAUAUUCAAAUUAGGGAGGUGUGGAAUGAUAACCUUGAAGCUGAAUUUGCUCUGAUUCGUGAGAUUGUGGACGAUUACCCUUACGUCGCUAUGGAUACCGAGUUUCCAGGGAUUGUUCUUCGUCCUGUCGGGAAUUUCAAGACCAGUUCUGACUAUCAUUAUCAGACCUUGAAGGCCAACGUUGAUAUGCUCAAGCUUAUCCAGUUAGGGCUCACCUUUUCUGACGAGGCAGGGAACCUUCCUACCUGUGGGACAGACAAGUACUGCGUUUGGCAAUUCAAUUUCCGCGAGUUCAACGUUAGCGAAGAUGUGUUUGCGAAUGACUCGAUUGAGCUUUUGCGCCAGAGCGGGAUCGAUUUCAAGAAGAAUAACGAGAAAGGAAUUGAUGCGCAAAGAUUUGGCGAGCUCUUGAUGUCUUCGGGAAUUGUAUUGAAUGAUUACGUGCAUUGGGUUACCUUCCACAGUGGCUACGACUUUGGGUACUUGCUCAAGCUCCUGACGUGCCAGAACCUCCCAGAUACCCAGGCUGGAUUCUUCAACCUGAUCAACAUGUAUUUCCCCACCGUUUACGAUAUUAAGCAUCUGAUGAAGUUUUGCAACAGCCUACACGGUGGGUUGAACAAGCUUGCGGAGCUCUUGGAGGUAGAGAGGUUUGGUAUCUGCCACCAAGCAGGAUCUGAUAGUUUGCUGACUUCAUGUACAUUCAGGAAGUUGAAAGAUCAUUUCUUUAAUAGCUCAACUGAGAAAUAUGCCGGUGUCUUGUAUGGUCUCGGUGUUGAAAAUGGACAGAAUACUCAUUGAAAUGAAAAAAAAAAAUUAAAAAAAAAAAAAUGAAAAAACUUGUUUGUUUGACUACAUCUGGGUGUUAGAUUCCCAUCCCUCUAUGUAUACCUUUGGCAAAAAGGGUGUUGUUUAAGUUAUGAAUUUUCUCUU